AUGAGCAAGAGAAAGAAUUGUUUAAGGAAGAAGAAAUGUUUAAUCUCCAGGAGGGAGAAAUAUGAGAUGGAAGAGGAAGAGGAUGAGGAGCGUAGAAAGAGAGAUGACAAAGCAAGAAGUGAGAAAGCCUCAUAUUCCCGUCGAGUCAUCCAAGCUGUGGCGGUUGAGAUCUCUAAGCCCAGGCGGUCUGCAAACAACGAGGAAAACAGCAGUGACCCAAUCCCAUUGGUGAGGUGUCCUCGACCGGCUGAGCAAACAAAUGAGGUUCUCUUACCUCUGGACAAAGGUAAAGGUGUCAUAUCAUCUACGCCUAAUCCAGACCGGGAUAUCCAACUACCAGUCGAGGCCACUAGUCAUGCGAAUCUUGAGGUGGCAGCUGAAAGGCCAGCCGUCGAGCCGGUAACUUCUACAGGGGAAGAAGCGACCACGGAGACGUUAGUUCAUCAUCAGGACAAAUCUCAGCAUCCUCGCACAAGACAUCACCUCAGCCUUUCUCGUCAAAACAAAGGCCUCGACUUUGUGGGAAAAUGCUUAAACAACCUUGCAGCUGAUGGUCUGGUAAGCAAUGAAAGCAUUGUUCACCUGACGACCGUUUUGGAGAGAACUCAACUAUACUUUGAUAUUUUUGAGAAAGCUCUUCAAGUUAAUGAGGACCUGAAGGUUGCAACAACCGCUCAAGAAGCUAUCCUACCAGAGCUCAAGGCAAUGAAGACAAAGAAAGAGAAAAUGGCUGACCUUGAUCGUCAGUUUGCUGAACUUCAAUCCCAAAGGGUUUCCAUUGCCUUUGAGUCUAAGAGGGACUUUGAGGCAAAUAAACCUCGGCUGGCAGAGUAUGCGGUUGGCGUAAAAUGA